AUGCUCCUGACCUCCUCACUUGGAGCUCUCCAGCUCCUGACGAUACUAACUCACCUUGUCAGCGCACCCUACACCAAGGUUGAGGAAUCAUUCAACCUUCAGGCCACGCACGAUAUACUACAGUAUGGCCUUGCCACUGGCAAUACCACCGCUUCCCUACAGGCGAAUUACGACCACUUUACCUUCCCCGGGGCUGUGCCAAGGACAUUUGUCGGGCCCGUGAUUCUGUCCGGGCUAAGCAGGCCUCUGAUCGACGUCGUUGGGGGGAGGGUGAACGGACAGUUAGUUGGUUUGGGCUCCCCUGGGAACUGCUUUGGUUAUUUGGCUGACGGGACGGUUUGCCUGCUGGUUGGGUGGAAUAUUAGUGAGGGGUGUACUGGGUGUUCUCAGCGCGCUGAGUCUGAAUCUGUUCACUAGGGCCGUCAGACAAAGUUACGGAUCCACGACAGCGGUGUUAUAUACUCUCUUCCAGCUAUCGCAAUUCCAUCUGCCCUACUAUUCAUCCCGGCUAUUGCCAAAUACUUUCGCAUUGAUACUUUCCACCACGGCGUUCUCGUUCCUAUUACCGUCCCCCGGGACGCCUUCCAGACGGCAGGUCGGCUACUAUAAAGUCGGGAUCUACAUUUUGACCUUCACCUCCAUCGUUUUCCGCUCCGAGAUAGCAAUACUACUAGCCUUCAUUUCACUACACCUCCUCCUCACCCGCCGUGUUCGCCUGGUCAACGUCAUCGUAGCCGGUCUGGUUGGUGGGGUAAUUGGGCUGGGGAUAACGCUGGGGAUAGACAGCUACUUCUGGCAAUCAUACACCCCCGCCGCUCCAUUCAGUACUCCACUGCUGACUGAAAAGACUGGCCUGAUAUGGCCCGAGUUAUCCGGUUUUCUCUACAAUGCCAUCGAGAACAAGAGCAGCGAUUGGGGAACGUCCCCAUGGCAUUACUACUUUACCAACUCCCUCCCGAAGCUCCUACUAAACCCUCUCCUCCUCCUGCUCAUACCAACAGGAAUCUACAACUCCCCACGCACCAUCACCGAAGCCCACAUUCUCCCCGCUCUCGGUUUUGUGGGCGUGUACUCCGUUCUCCCACAUAAAGAAUGGCGCUUCAUAGUCUACGUCGUGCCAAUCCUGACCCUAUACGCCUCCAUCGGUGGGGCCUGGGUCCUCAACCGCCGAUCAAAAUCCCCCACUUAUGCCCUCACCUCCCUAGCUAUCGUCUCUUCCAUCCCCCUCGCAACCCUCGCAAGUGCAAGCAUGCUACUAAUAAGCUCAUACAACUACCCAGGUGGUCAAGGCAUUAACAAACUCCACCACCACAUCCUCCCCUCUUCCCCCCUCUCCUCCCCAACAUUACCAAAAGCCCAUCUAGACACUCUAACCUGCAUGACGGGUGCAACCCGCUUCCUCCAAGACGCCCCCCUCUACCCCUCCCCUUCCCCCCACACCCCUGCAUCCACGAAAUCGAAAAUCACCUUUGACAAAACCGAGGACGAAACAACCCUCCUUACACCCUCCUUCUGGUCCGACAUCCAAUGGGUGGUAACUUCCUCCCCACCGCGCAUCAUCGGGAAAUACGAGAUUGUGGAUAGUGUAACGGGAUGGGCGGGCAUUCGCAUAUACCGUCCCGGAGAGAAAGUCUGGAUGUUUGGGGCGGGGUUGGAGGAGCGGGGGGCGGGCGAGUCGAAGGCCGGGAACGACAGCAGAGCAAAGAGUUGGAUUGGAAGAGGGGUUGAGGAUGGGUGGGGUGUUAGGGAUUUGUUGCUCAGGGGGUGGUGGGUUGGUGUUAGAAUGGAAGAGUUGGUUUGGGUGCUUAAGAAGCAGGAUGGCGAGAGACAGGAGAGG